AUGAGCCAAUCGCCUCCUCAGAUAUCGCCAGAGGUACUCGCUGCCUUGGCAAAAGAUGACCGGGGACCAACGACCAUUGGCCUUGUCCUAAGCUUCACGAUACUGGCAUUUGUAUGCGUCUCGCUGCGCUUCUUCGCGCGUAUCAAGUACGUACGGCAGGUGGGCUCGGAGGAUUACCUCAUGGCGUUGGCAAUGGUAAGACGUAAGAGGCUUACCUGGAGUGCAAAAUUAACUCAGCAGGCCUUUUCACUUGUCACGGCGGCAAUGCAGGUCAAGCAGGUGCAAUGGGGUGCUGGAAAACACCAGGCACUGGUCGAUCUUCCCUCGACCAUCCACAGUCUGAGAAUCUCCAUCUUGGCGCAGUACCGACGCAUCUUUUUCGUCGGGGAAGUCCAGACCGUCAACUACAUCGUCUUGGGCCUGUGUAUCGUGACUGGCAUUAUCGCGUUUCUGACUCUUGCCCUUGUCUGCAUCCCUGUCGAUGCUUUUUGGAAUGUAAUGAAGAAACCAACUGCCCACUGCCUGGAUGAACCCAAAGUACGAUAUGCUAAUAGCACCAUAAACACCGUCACCGAUCUCAUGCUUGCUGUUCUACCGGUGCGACGCAUCUACAAACUGCAAAUCGUGCGAAGGCAGAAGAUUGUUUUGAUCGUCAUCUUGUCGCUUGCCUGGAUCGUAUGCAUUGUCUCAGUCGUUCGAAUCCAUUCCAUGGUCGUUCUCGCCCACAAUCCCAGCGACGCCAUGUACCAUAGCGCCCCUCCAAUCUAUUGGGCUGCUAUCGAGAUGAACCUGGCCAUUUCAUGUGCUUGUGCCCCGGCACUCAAGCCCCUAGUCGUUCGCAUGAUCCCCGCCUUUGGAUCCAAAUGGAGCGCAAAAGAGAGUAGCGAACGUACUGGAACUUCCAAACACUCAAAGAGUUCGGGCUUUUCAGGUCGCCUUCAUCGGGUCGGGGAAAGGGGCAAUUCGACGGCGAAUCUUACAGAUGUAGAACAAGGGCAUGAAGAUAUCGAGCUGGAACCAGUAACUACAUUACGACCGGUACAUCAGCCACCUACGGUCGAAACACGCAUCGAGAUAAGACGUCUGUAG